AUACUAAUUAAAAAUGUUUUAAAUGAAAGUACACAACAUUUAAUUUUAUGCCAUUUCAACUACUAUAAUUAAUGAAAACACAACAUUACAUAAGUAAAUAAUUUAAUGAAUCUAAAUUUCUAGAUUCAUUAUGACUUUUGGGGUCCAAAUAACUUUUGAAGUUCCACCCGUCGCAACUCUUUAUUGGAAAGCUUAGCUUAAAAAUUACAAGUUCUAUGUUUAAGCUAAUCAAUGCCAAUUAUUUGCUUAUCGUUAAGGUUAUCAUACCAGAUUAUUGGAGCUUGAUUCACAAAGAUUUCAACCAUAAGUUUUUUGCCGCUCCAAGAGCGAAGGCUCUAUAUUCGGCUUGUGUGCUUGAUCUUGAGAUAAUGGAUUGUUUUCUAGAUCUCUACACAACUAGAUUAUUUCCAACCAAAUACAAAUACCUGGAUUUGAUGCCUAAUCAACAUUUGUAAAACCAACGAUGUUGAGACUAGUUGGUCUCUACAAGUAUAGUCUAGAGCCUAGUGUUCCUUUAGAUAUCUUAGUAUCCUCUUUAACAUAUUGCCAAUGGAGAGUUGUUGGAGCAUGCUUUAUUCACACAGAAAGAAAUUUCAGGUCUUCCCAAAGUAAUGCAUUUGAGGGCUUCUACAAUAGUUCUAUAUAGAAAGGGAUCUUUUGUCACCUUGAGUAGCUAAUACUGUAAGAGAGCUCGUAGUUGGGGUUGAAAUACCGUUAGCUUCAAAUAUUUGAUCUCUGUGAAGAAGAUCAAUAGUGAUUUUCCUUUGUGGCAAAAAUAAACCUCCAAUCGUAGAAUAGGAUACUUCAAUGCCCUGAUAAUAAGUCAAACUUCCAAAAUCCUUUGGAGAGAACUUUCCAUUAGCAAGUUUAUAAUUUUCUGAGUGUAUUUUUGAGCUGCCAAUUAUUACAAUAUCAUCAACAUCGAUCAACUUAUAGCCUGCUUCUGUUUUGGUGAACCUACAUGACAAUGAAGGAUCAACCUUUGAACAAGAAAAUCGCAAAGAGAAAAGAAAUGAGCUAAGUUUUAUAAACCAAGCCCGUGGUGUUCGUUUAAGGCCAUAGCUUUAUUCAGCUUACAAACAUAUUUGACAGUUUCUCUUUGGGCUUCGGUUUUGUUGGUAGGUGCUUUCUAAGUCACACUUGGUUACAUCGAUCUCGAUGUUGUAACUAUCUUGAUUGUUGAACUCAUUGCAUAUGUUCUCCCAAGCCUAGUUUUCUUCCCUUUAAGUCUUAGUAUGGACUCCAUUUUUCAACCCAUAGUCGAUCAUCUUCGAUUUCCUUAUAAGACUAGAGCUCUAUAAAAGAAAGACUUGACAGGCCCUUUUCACUCUUUAUAAGGUCUUGCUUGACCUACUCACAUUGGCCCUAGUGUCCAAGUGGUUUGGCCAAUAGUGGGCCAUGAAAUAUUGAAAGGCGAUGUAGGCGGGGUUUUUCGAGGAAUACAAAUAACCUCUGGGUUUUUUCAGUUGUGGCGAGCAUCUGGAAUAAUUGCAGGAUUCAUAGCUUAGUAGAAAGAUCGAGGAGAUCUAUAAUUGUCACCAGUUCUCGUAUGAGAUCUUUAGGCAAAUUGGCUUAAAAUCAGAAGAGCGCGAAGUGAUUCUUCUUUCUUCUUUAUGUUUAAGUAGGUUUAGAAGGAGCAGUUUGAAACAAGAAAAGACAGUGAAAGCCCCCGUACAAUUGAUCUUGACGAAUGUCAAUAUUCUUUGAACCGUCCGGAGUUUAUUUUUAUUUUUGGUGGGCUCAUUUUUUGUAUGCCCCUUGUAUUCUUUCAUUCUUUCUCAACGAAAGUUGUCUAUUUCAUAAAAAGAAGUUGGGUGUUCCAUAUACACUAUUUCUGGUAAUAAACCAUGAAGGAAUGUGUUAUUGAUGUUUACUUGCCUCAACUUCCAUCCGUUGUAUAAAGCAAAUGUAAAAAGUACUUUUAUGGUUAAAAAUUUCACAAUAGCGCUUAAGGUUUCAGUAUAAUCCAUAUCAACUGUUUGAUGAAAGUCUUUGGCUACUAAACGAGCCUUCUACCUCAAAGUAGAACCAUCUGUAUUUUGUAUACCCAUUUGUAGCCUACCAUCUUACUAUCUGUAGGUCAAGGUAUAAGAUUCAAAAGUUUCAUUUUUGAUUAAAGCUCAUCUUCUUCCUUCAUAGCAGCUCUCCAGUGAUCAUGUUUCAAUGCUUCUUUAGCAUUUGGCGGUUCACCUUCUUUGUAGUCUAACCAAAAUACUUUAGGCUUGAAAAUUCCAUUCUUUGCUUUUGAGGAGAAGACGUGUUAGUUGUAGUCUCAACAUUCGCUUCAUUACUGGAGUUGGUGUUUACUUCAACCGAUGGGUAAACAACUGAUGUAUUCACUUCAAUGGUCUUAGAUAUAGCUUCAUUCAUAAGACAAUUCUCAAAUGGCACUAUUGUAGGAGUAGCAAUAUUAUCAAUGGUCAAUUUUAUCACUGUUCCUAUUAUUUUGACGUUUUUGUCAAUGGACUUGGGCUAGUUCACACUUGUUUGAACACUUUUCGGAUCCAUUCAAGCAGCUUCCAGCAAGGUUCAUGUCUUUUUUUGGCUUGUAAGUCGAGAAAUCAGUUUUAUUAGUUUGAAAUGAUGUUCCAAAGCUUUUGUUCUACAAAAAGUUCCAGUCUAUGUGCAUUUUCCGGAGCUUCGAGCUCAUCGAAUUUUGGAGCUAUGAAGCUUGGAAUCAUUGGAGUGACGACUUCACUAUCUUCCAGAUCCUCAAGAAUGACUGUUUGUGCAGUUAGUUUCCGCCCUUGUAUUGAUAUACACCAGGGGAAAGUGAAACAAAUUGUUGGAUCAACUCUUCGAGAUUCAGAGCAGGAUGGAUCAACUCUUCUCACCAAUUUUGAGACGGAUAAAUCGGCUGCAGACUAUGCAAACUUGUACAAACAAGAUGGGCUUGCCGGUGGUCAUGCCAUCAUGCUUGGAGCAGAUCCUUUGAGCGUAGUUGCUGCCCUUGAAGCAUUGCAUGCCUAUCCUGGUGGCUUACAAGUUGGGGGUGGGAUAAAUCCAGAAAAUGCUUCUAGCUAUAUUGAAGAAGGAGCUAGCCAUGUCAUUGUUACUUCAUAUGUGUUCAACAAUGGACAAAUGGAUCUUACAAGGCUUAAAGAUCUUGUUCGCAUUGUUGGGAAACAGAGGCUUGUGCUGGAUCUUAGUUGUAGAAAAAAGGAAGGUAAAUAUGCAAUUGUGACAGAUAGAUGGCAGAAGUUCAGCGAUGUAUUUCUUGAUGAAGAAGUCCUGGCGUUCCUGGCUGACUAUGCAGAUGAGUUUUUGGUCCACGGUGUGGAUGUUGAAGGGAAAAAGCUUGGCAUUGAUGAAGAGCUAGUGACAUUGCUCGGCAAGUAUUCAUCGAUUCCUGUCACAUAUGCAGGCGGGGUCACGACGAUGGCUGACUUAGAAAGGAUAAAAGAUGCAGGCAUGGGGCGUGUGGAUGUUACCGUGGGAAGUGCUUUGGAUAUUUUUGGAGGAAAUAUGGCAUACAAGGAUGUCGUUGCAUGGCAUGCCAGGCAGAAGGUGUACUGAUAAUUGCAUGGGAAAACAGCUUCAAUUCAGGACAUUUAUUUAUCAUCAAUUCUUUCAAGCAUAGGAACUUAAUUGUGCAUUUCCCAAAGUGGAAGCUCUCUAGUCUGGCAAAUCAUCAACUUUCAACUUAACCAAUUUGCUGGAAACAAUUUCCUCAUUUCCUUCUUGUCCCUCUCCUUUUGCAACUAUUGAAGUCAUUCCUUGGCAAUCACAUAUGCUCAAUUUCUCGAGUUUCGCAAGACCUUUUUCGAUUGAGAAGUGGAGUAAAUUUGUCAACUCAUGACAAUGAUCAACUGAAAGAUACUUGAGGUUUGAGAAUGUGAUUGUUGAUGAUGGUGGAACCAUACACUUUACUUUACCACAUUCCUCCACAUGGAAGGGUUCCAAAUUAUCGAACAAUAUAGUCAUUUGAGUGUUGUCCUUCCGCACGUGUAAGGUUGGAAAGAUGAGAUAAUGUUAAUUUCUUCAAAUUUGCACAUUUUUGAAUAGGAUUUGUUUUCUCUUCAUUUCAGAAGAUUUGUACAAGUUGAGAGGCAAAGCUUACAUUGAGAACUUUGAUGUUGUAUGAUACUCGAGUCAUUUCUAGGGGCAAAGUGGUUAUGUCAUCACCACAAGAACCCAUUAAUGAGAGAUUUCUGAGAUUGGGAAA